AUGGAUCUACCAGUGCCUUCUUCCAACGAAAAAUCCUCAGAUAUGAGCAGUUCAAAUGCAGAAGGGUCAACACAGCCGCCGAAGAACGAGAAUGCAAGCGAUGGGAAACGUACUGUGGAGGAAACCGUUCAUCAAGUUGCCACAAAAACCGAUCCGGUUGUUCAACAACCCUCCGCGCACGUGGAACCAACAAAAGCAGGUUUGGUGCCUCUGUCAAGCCAUACAUCUCCCCCUCGUCGUGAUAACCCCUAUAACUUCCUCUGGGGAGAAGAUAAUGACCCCUAUUUUCCCGUUAGAACGGAAUUCGAAGUCCCAACAACUGGCGAGCCAUCGGGAUUGGUACGAACAUCAUCGGGAUUAGCACGAACACCUUCCGCUGCAUAUAGUUUCGUUGGAGAAAAGUCGACCAAUUCCGUUGAACUCGAUGUCCCACACACGGAGGCGGCGGACGUGCACACACCGGUUGUGACUCAGGAUAUGCAGACCCUGUUCGCGCAACAGCAACGGGAGAUUCGGGAUGCUUUAGCAAAACAAAGUGAGAAAGCGCCUCCUCUGAAGGCACGUGCAGUUCCGGCCAAAGUUACGCCCAAACACACACCUAGUCAAUCCACAGCGGCAUUGGAUGUACGAGAAUCUAUUCUCGAGCGGCGCGAACGGGAAUUCGAUCGAAGGGAGCGAGAGAUUGACCGUAGGGAGCGUGAUUUAGAGCGUCGUGAACGCGAACUGGAGCGGAGACAACGGGAGUUUGACAACGACAGAGGGCGAUGGAAUACCAACGGCCAUAAUGUCCCAUGGCAGUGGCAAGACGCGAUGAAGAAUUUUAAGGACCAGAUAACGGCCGAUUUGUUAGCAGAAAGAAAGAAAGCGAUUGAGCGCGAAGCCUCAUUCGAAGAGAAGAUCAUCAAGAAGGUUAACAAAGUGCUCGAACAUGAGCGACAGCUAUUUGGUAUGAUGAGAAUGUCAGAAAAUGAAGUAAACGAGAUGGUAGAAAAUUCUGUUGGAUACCUUUUGCACAAUGAUGAAGACAUCGCCGAUCGCGUUCGCUUCCAAAGUCUGCUUCAUCUUACACAAGAAAGAUUAGCGUCUGAAGCAGGUUUGACACCACCACCUGGAUCGGACUCGUUUUCAUUAGCCUGGCGGCUUGCUCUCGGUCCCUCGGUUGUUACGGAGGAUCGGUACAAGAAAGCUUUGGAAUUACUGAAAGACAAGGUCCUCCAGGAAAGCACCAAAAAAGUUAUGGAAUGUAAAGCGGCCAUGGAAUAUGCGGUCGAGUACACUUCGCACCUACGCAAAGACGGGCCUGAAACUGGAGAUAUUUCCUUCUCAUUCGGUAGGAUACCACGAAGCGACUACAUGGAAUCUGUAAUACGCCACGCCAGCCAAGAUCCUGGCCAAUUGGAGGCGCUUACGAUUUUGGUAGAUUUUGUUGCUCCGGAAAUAUAG